AUGAGUCCUCUUAGCUCCUUUAUUACUCCUCGAUCUAUAGCUAAUGCGGGUUUCAAUCUAAAGUCGUCGGUUGCGGAUGUUAUCGACGAGAAUGGGCACUGGAAAUGGCCACAAGCUUGGCUUGAUUUGUUUCCGGUCCUAAUAAAUAUUCAAACGCCGCAGCUGAAUGAUAAUGCAUCUGAUCGUCUAGUUUGGAAAGCUUUGGAUGGGAACUUUGGAGAUUUCGAAUCUUCUCAAGUAUGGGAUAUGAUUCGGAAUAGGGAUAAUCAUGCGACUUGGGCUAAUAUGGUUUGGUUCUCUCAAUGUGUUCCUCGACACUCUUUUCAUUUGUGGUUGGUGUUUAGGAAUAAAUUGAAGACGCAGGAUAGGUUGGCGGUUUGGGAAGCAGGAAGUGCAACAAAUCUUAAUCUUAUGUGUUGUCCGUUGUGCCAAUAUGAUCGAGACAGCCGAGACCACUUGUUUUUUCAAUGUGUGUUUGCGGAUCAGGUAUGGAGAAAGGUGAAGAGCAUGGUUAACUUGGAAAGCGUUGAUAAUACAUGGCAGUCCUUAAUGGUUUGGGUUGAUCAGCACUCUAAUUCUAAGAAAGUUGAUGACAUUGUGUGCAAAUUGGUGGUAGCUGCGACUUCUUAUUAUAUUUGGCAAGAGCGGAACAGUCGGCUUUUCAGCUCUAAUCAAUUAACCGUGGUACAAGUUGCGGAGAAGAUCAAGAGUUCAGUUCGGCUAAGACUUAUGGGUUUCAAGUUUCGAUUGGAUUCUGCUAGGAGGAGGAUUUUCAAAACCUGGAAGAUCAAUGAUAGCAACGAUGAUGAAGCUGAUCCGGGCUAG